AUGAUUAAAGUAAAGAGUUCAGGCAAUAAGGAAGCAGAUACAGCUAAGUACUUCCUAGAAGCCAUGUUGUAAUUAAGAGAUUGCUUCAAUGAAUCGAAAUCAAUAAGCAUUGAAGCUCAGGGUUAGGACAUCUGUGUGGCAACUUGUGUGUUAGAAUUAUUAAAGAAUUAAUUUCCUAAUAAUAAAAAUUCGAUAAAUACAAGUGGCAGUAUCAAAGACGUCUAAGACUGUGAUGUGAGCGGAUUAAAAAUAGACUUUUAAGUAUUAGAUUUUGGAAAGGAUGUGUACAAUCCAAUGAGUUAUGUUGAAAAGUAUCUGCAAUAAUUGAUGGAAUAUGAAAAAUCAUAGAAACGAAAUAAUAAAGAAGAUACAAAACCAAGAUAAAAUUAAUAAUAGCAAUAAUAAUAGUAAUAACAAUAACAAUAGUAAUAACAUUAGUAAUAACAAUAGUAAUAAUAAUAGCAAUAAUAAUAACAAUAACAAUAGUAAUAAUAAUAGCAAUAAUAAUAACAAUAACAAUAGUAAUAACAAUAAAAGAAGCAAAAAGAAGUCUAAGUAGAAUAUGUAUAGAAAGUGGAUUCAAAUACAUAAGAUGAUAUUUACAACAAAUGGAGUAAACCAAAGAAUAAAAACAAAUAGAGAAUACCUAAAAAUUACUAUGGGAAUGAUGAAGACUUGGAGACAGAUGGCUUGCACGGAUUUGCCGAAGCUUUUGAUUAAAAAUAGGGGAGAAAUAGAAAUGAGAAGAAUAGAAAUAGAAGAAGUUAGAAUAAGCAAGAAGAAGUAAUUUAUUAGGAAUAGAAUUUUAUAAGAGGAAAUAUAAAAUACAGAGGAGGAUUAAAAAAUUGA